AACAACCUCUCUCCUUCUCCUCGAGAAAAUCUCCAUUUUCUCUGCUUUCUCUCUCUAGAUUUCUCCGUCUCUGUCUAUUCUCCGCCAUGUCCAAGCAAACUUACAGAGUCUGCUUCUGUUUCCGCCGACGCUUCCACCUCACCGUGUCGGAGGCGCCGCAGGAGAUCAAGGAGCUGUUCGACCGCUACUCCGAGAAUGGGAUGAUGAGCAUCGAUCACCUUCAACGGUUCUUGAUCGAGUUUCAGCAGGAGGAGAAAGCUACUGUUGAAGAUGCUCAGGCCAUUUUGGACAGUCUUCAUGAGUUCAAGCAUCUUAAUAUUUUUCAUCGCAAGGCUCUUAAUCUCGAAGCAUUCUUUAAGUACCUCUUCGGCGACAUUAAUCCUCCGCUCUCGACUGCUCUUGGGGUGCAUCAUGAUAUGACUGCUCCAUUGUCUCAUUAUUUCGUAUAUACUGGCCACAAUUCCUAUCUGACAGGGAAUCAACUUAGUAGCGACUGCAGCGAUGUCCCCAUCAUACAUGCACUGCAGAGAGGCGUAAGAGUAAUUGAGUUGGAUAUAUGGCCAAAUUCUACAAAAGAUAAUGUUGAUGUUCUUCAUGGAAGGACACUGACAACUCCUGUGGAACUUAUCAAGUGUUUGAAAUCUAUUAAGGAGCAUGCCUUUUCUGCAUCUGAAUAUCCUGUUGUGAUAACUCUAGAAGACCACCUCACUCCAGAUCUUCAGGCUAAAGUGGCUGAGAUGGUCACUCAAACAUUUGGAGACAUACUGUUUACUCCCGGCCCAGAAUGCUUGAAUGAAUUUCCCUCCCCUGAAUCUCUGAAGAAACGGAUUAUUAUAUCAACAAAACCACCAAAAGAAUACCUCGAGGCUAAAGAUGUGAAGGAAAAAGAGAAUGAUUCACAGAAGGGAAAGGAGUCUGCAGAUGAAGAAGCUUGGGGAAAGGAAGUUUCAAACCUUAAACCCAGUACUGUAGCCGUUGAUGAGAGUAACUUGGAAGAAGAAGAAAAUAUUGAUGAAGAAGAUCUUGAUGAAGGAGAUCCCAAAUCACAGCAGAAUGUAGCCCCCGAAUACAAGCGUCUGAUAGCCAUUCAUGCUGGGAAGGUGAAGGGGGGAUUAACAGAAUGGCUCAGGGUGGAUCCUGAUAAAGUGAGACGUCUUAGCUUAAGUGAGCAAGAGCUUGAAAAGGCUGUACUAACUCAUGGAAAAGAAAUUGUCAGAUUUACCCAACGGAAUUUGCUGAGGGUGUACCCAAAGGGUAUACGUUUUGACUCUUCAAACUAUAAUCCAGUAAUUGGAUGGAUGCAUGGAGCUCAGAUGGUUGCAUUUAAUAUGCAGGGAUAUGGUAGAUCACUCUGGAUAAUGCAUGGAAUGUUCAAAGCCAAUGGUGGGUGUGGUUAUGUGAAAAAACCGGACUUUCUAUUGAACAACGACUCACAUAAUGGGGUCUUUGAUCCUAAAGCUAAGUUACCAGUGAAAACAACUCUAAAGGUAACUGUAUACAUGGGGGAAGGAUGGUAUUUUGAUUUCCGACACACACACUUUGAUGCAUACUCCCCUCCAGAUUUCUAUGCUAGGGUUGGAAUAGCUGGAGUUCCUGCUGAUACCAUAAUGAAGAAAACGAAAACACUGGAGGAUAACUGGACCCCUAAUUGGGAUGAGCAUUUUGAGUUCCCACUUACAGUUCCUGAACUGGCUCUUCUUCGCGUUGAAGUUCAUGAGUACGACAUGUCUGAGAAGGAUGACUUUGGAGGCCAAACAUGCCUACCCGUGUCUGAGCUUAGAAGAGGGAUCAGAGCAGUUCCCCUCUUCAGCCGCAAGGGGGAUAAGUACCCGUCUGUCAAGCUUCUAAUGCGCUUUGAAUUCGUUUGAUAUGAUUCCCACAAACAUCAUCCCUGCUUUCAAUUUGUUUGCUUCCACCGUGAGCUUGUAUCUACUAUUAUUUCUUGUUGCUCUGUGUAUUUAUGUAUAUAUGAUAUAUGUUCGGGUCUACCAUCUUGUAUUGUAUUGCAGCCAUCAACUGUCCUAUGUAGUUGACUUUUAGUGUACUGAGAGAAACUGCCACUAUGAACCGGUUUCCCCAUUAUAUUGUAUGGAGCAUUGGGUUGUUUCCGACGAAAAAGUUUGAACAGAUUUGAAUUUGUCUUAAAUCUGAAUAAAAAUAUAUUAGGAAGUGUUUGUUUCUUUGGAAAA